AUGGUGAAAUACCUGGCACGGGUAAGGGACCUCACAGCCAAAUUCUCUUAUUUUACGUUAUCUAAUGUUCCGAGGGAGGAGAACGAGCGAGCCGACGCGCUAGCUAAGCUGGCGUCAAAGCCGACCCCCGAAGCAUUGCCGGAGGUCGAGGAGCUCCCUGCCCGUGCCAUCGAAGUAGCGGCUACGGCCCCUGGCAGCGCGCCGAUCACAUGGGUACAAGAGCUGCUACGCUUCAAGGGGGAUGGGACCCUUCCCCACGACGAAGUUGCAGCUCGGCGCCUGCGUUGUACACAUGCAUGGUACACCGAGGUGAGUGGGCAGCUCUAUAGGCGGUCCUUCACCUACCCCCUCCUUCGAUGCUUGGAGCCUGACGAAGCCCGAAUGGUCUUGGCCGAGAUCCACGAAGGAGUCUGCGGAGAACACAUCGGCGGGCGAACCUUGGCACACAAAAUACUCCGCCAAGGUUACUACUGGCCGACCAUGUGCCGGGACGCGAAAGCUUACGUACAGUGGUGUAGUUCGUGCCAAGAACAUGCCCGCGCACCCCGGCAGCCUGCGGUCUCGCUCAGCCCCAUCGAUUGCGCGUGGCCGUUCACGCAGUGGGGUUUGGACCUGCUUGGACCUUUCCCACCGGCUUCGGGGCAAUGGAAGUACAUCAUCAUGGGAGUGGAUUAUUUCACAAAGUGGGUCGAGGCCGAGCCAUUGGCGACAAUCACGGAACACCAAAUGGAGAAGUUCGUGUGGAGAAACCUAGUAACUCGGUUCGGGUUGCCCGAAACCAUUAUUACGGAUAACGGACCUCAGUUCGCCGGUAGAAGGUUCCGGGAGUUCUGUGCCAGUCAUGGCAUCCAGCUAAGGUUCAGCUCGGUGGCCCACCCUCAGACGAACGGGCUGGCGGAGGUAACCAAUAGCCUGACGUUCGGAACCGAAGCUGUCCUUCCGCCCGAGGUAGCCAUUGCCACCCUACGGAUAGGAGGCUAUGACGAAGAAGUCUCGAACGAAGGACUUCGAGCCGCCCUCGACCUGCUGGAGGAGCAGCGCGCCGAUGCACACUUAAAAGCCCUCUCUUAUAAAAGGGCCAUCGCAAGGGUCUACAAUAGGAAGGUACGACCCCAACCAAUCAAGUUAAGCGACCUAGUCUUACGCAAGACCGAGGUAAGUGACCCGACCCGAGCAAUGGGAAAGCUGGCCCCCAAAUGGGAGGGACCUUAUCGAGUCGUCGAGGUAGUCCGACCGGGUACAUACAGGCUCGAGACGAUGGACGGUUCUUCUUUGCCAAGAACAUGGAACGUCCAGAACCUUAAGAAGUUUUUCGUCUGA